UUAAAUUCACGUUUUUAUUUUAUUCAACAAUUAUUUGGAUUAUCGGUUCUUUUGAUUUUACGAAUAGCUAAACAUUUUAUAUUUAACCUUUUUGAGAUUAGUUUACAUAAAAUCAUGGUAAAAGUUAAGAUAUUUCUUCCUGUCUUCGCGUUUUUGGUCAUUGUUGUUUUUGCAAUUAUCUUAGGUCUUGAAUUUGGGUUAAGAAAAAAAAAGAAAAUCCAUCAGAAAAAGAAUUACUAUGAAAACGGCGCCGUUGCGACAGACGCCUUAAAAUGUUCAGAGAUUGGUCGAGAUGUUCUUAUUGAAGGAGGCCACGCAGUUGAUGCUGCUAUUGCCAGUUUGUUGUGUACUGGAAUAGUUAACCUACAUUCUACUGGUAUAAGUGGUGGAGGUUUUAUGAGUGUAUACAAUCGAAAGCUUAAACAAAGUUUUGUCUACAACUACAGAGAAGCAGCACCUGGAUCACUUCGCGCUGACGCUUUUGACAAAAAUGUUACUUUGAAAAACGUAGGUGGUUUAGCCGUUGGUGUACCAGGUGAACUUCGUGGUCUCCACAAAGCACACCAAAAAUUUGGAAAAUUAAACUGGAAAAGACUUGUAACACCUUCAAUUGAGUUAGCAGAAAAAGGUUUUUCAAUGGGUAAUCAUAUGUAUAAAAAUAUGAUUGAUAUAGAAACUAAAAAAUACUUAGAAUUGGAUCCAGGAUAUAGAGAAAUUCUCAUAAACAAAAAUGGUUUGUGGAAAAAAGAAGGUGAGAUUAUUGUUCUUAAAAAAUUAGCAGAGACACUUCGCAAGGUUCGUGACGAUCCAGACGCACUUUAUACUGGUGAGCUCUCGCAAGGGUUUAUAAAUGAUGUAGUUGCACAUAAUGGAAAUAUGACGCUUAGUGAUCUAGAAUCCUAUGAAGUUAAAGAAGAAACUCCAAUUGAAAUGAAGCUUGGAAAUUACACCUUGUACACAACACCUUUACCAGGUGGAGGCACCGUGUUGCUGUCUAUUUUAAAGAUUCUAAAAGGUUUCAAUUGGACAAAAGAAGAUUUUACAACAUUUGAUAAAAAGGUUUUAAAUUACCAUCGUAUGGUGGAAGCUUUCAAGUUCAGUUACGCAACGCGACCUUUCUUAGGCGAUCCAGAUAAAAAUCCUUCAGUUAAUCGGACUGCUUUUAACAAGUUAAUUGCUGAUAUUUUGGAUGAUAAUCAUGCAGAACAAAAACGAUUAAAAAUUAAUGAUUCUGUAACACGAGAAAAUAAAUUUUACAGUAAGUUUUUUACAAACACUCAAGAUUCGGGAACUACACAUGUUUCAGUCAUUGAUAAAGAAGGAAACGCAGUUUCAGCUACUGAUACAAUAAAUUAUGCUUUUGGUGCGAAGUUUUGUUCGGUGACGUCUGGUAUUUGCUUUAACAACGAACUCGCUGAUUUCUUUAUUAAAUCCAAUGUUAUUGAGAAUUAUCCAACUACAGCAGCAAAUUUUCCCGGACCAGGUAAACGUCCUUUAUCAUCAACAUGUCCGACAAUAAUUGUUAACAACGAAGGAAAUGUAGUAAUGAUAGUGGGUGGAUCUGGAGGAACUAAAAUAACACUAUCAACUGCGUGGGUCAUUAUGAAAGUUCUUUGGCUUGGUUACAGCUUGGAGGAUGCAAUCAAUGAUGUUCGGGUAUAUCACACCUUUUCGCCGAGCUAUAUCCAAUCAGAAACAACCUCAAAUUUUAAAAUACCAAUUAAUCUGAUGGAAGGUCUGAAAAAAAAAGGACAUAAAUUUAAAGAUUCAACAAGACAUUCUGUGAUUCAAGGGAUUUACGUUAAAGAUGGUAAAAUUUAUGCAAAGUCAGAUCCGAGAAAACAAGGGGAAGCUGCAGGGUAUUGAAAUGCAUUAUAGUAAAAGGAAAUUUAUAUCAAUACAUAAUAAUACUUUUUUACUUUA